GCGGAAUCAGACAUCCAGCUCAGUUACAGCAGGGACAGACCAGAGCAGAGCAGAGCAGGAGGAAAGGACAACGAGCCUGUUUUCAGGUUGCCUUCAAGCUCUGAUAAAGAGGAUAAGAGAGAAGAGAAGAGAGUGGUGGAUGUCCUUGGAAACUGUGGCCCUGAUAGUGGUCUCCCAUGCUCAUGAUGGACAGGUCGAAGGACUGUCACAGGGUGCUGUUGGUGCUCUUCCUGUGUCAGGUGCUCACAGCACUAGAGGUCCCUCUUGACUUGCCGCAGCCUCCAACCAUAACCCAUCAGUCUCCUAAAGAUUACAUUGUCGAUCCACGAGAAAACAUUGUCAUUCAAUGUGAGGCGAAAGGAAAACCUCAUCCAAGCUUCUCUUGGACCAAGAACGGCAUACAUUUUGAUGUUGACAAGGACUCCAAAGUGACUAUGAAGCCCCAUUCAGGGACUCUGGUGAUUGACAUCAGUGGAGGAGAAAGGGCAGAGGUGUAUGAGGGAGUCUAUCAGUGCACUGCACGCAACGAGCAUGGGACAGCUGUCUCAGACAACAUUGUCAUCCGUCAAUCAAGAUCUCCUCUCUGGUCAAAGGAGAGAAUUAAACCAAUCAUCAUCCAGGAAGGCAGAUCUUUAGUGCUGGAGUGCAGACCUCCUGCAGGACUCCCUCCUCCUAUUGUCUUCUGGAUGGACAACAAUUUCCAGAGGCUUCCACAGAGCAGCCGUGUCUCUCAGAGCUUGAACGGUGACCUCUAUUUCUCCAACGUGAUGAUGGAAGAUUCCAGAAAUGACUACAUUUGUUACGCACGCUUCCCCCACACACAGACCAUUCAGCAAAAGCAGCCCAUCAGCGUCCAUGUCCUCAACAUGGAUGCAAUCAAUGAGACAAUGGCAGCUUAUUUGAAUGAGACUGAUUUGUUUGGUGAUGAUGCAGUCGAGGAGAUACAACCGUCAUUUAUGCUUCCAAGUGGUUCCACAAGCUCAAAGAUGGUCCUUAGAGGACAGGUUCUGGAGCUGGAGUGCAUUGCCGCAGGACUCCCCACACCAGAUAUUUCUUGGAGCAAGGUGAGUGGUGAGCUCCCCACUAGAAGAACCAACUUCUUAAACUUUCAUAAGACACUCAAGAUCACGGAGGUGACUGAGGCAGAUGCUGGGGAUUACCGCUGCACUGCAAAGAACCACCUGGGCUCUGACCACCACACUAUCCAAGUAACUGUGAAAACUGCUCCGUACUGGAUCAGUUCACCACGUAAUCUGGUCUUGGCUCCGAAGGAGAAUGGAGUGUUAACCUGCCGAGCAAGAGGAAACCCCAAACCCACCAUCGCCUGGUUCAUGAAUGGAGUAGCCAUUGAGAAUUCUCCUGCAGACCCAAGCAGGAAGGUGGAGGAUGAUACUGUUAUUUUCACUGAGGUCCAGACUGGCUCCAGUGCCGUGUACCAGUGUAAUGUCUCUAAUGAAUAUGGAUAUCUGCUUGCUAAUGCCUUCGUCAAUGUACUGGCCGAGCCUCCCAGAGUGCUGACUCCCAAUAAUAAAGUCUACCAGGUCAUCAUGAACAAGCCUGCUCUUCUGGAUUGUGCAUCCUUUGGCUCUCCUAUUCCCAGAGUACAAUGGUUAAAGGACAGUCGUUCCAGUUUUUUGGUGGGAGACCCAUAUAUAUUCCAUGAAAAUGGAACUCUUGAGAUCCCUGUGGCACAGGAAUUACACAGUGGCAAAUACACUUGCGUUGCUACAAACUCCCUCGGCACCUCUGAGAACCACGUACACCUGGAGGUCAAAGAGCCCACACGGAUCCUGAAGCAGCCUAAUUACAAAGUCGUCCAAAGGAACCAAGACGUGAUGUUUGAGUGUAAAGUGAAGCACGAUCCAUCUCUCAUUCCCACCAUGACCUGGCUCAAAGACAAUGGAGAGCUUCCUGAUGACGAGAGAUUUAUCGUGGACUCAGACAGCCUUACCAUCGUCAAAGUGACAGAGAAUGAUGAAGGGACAUAUACCUGCAUCAUGAAUACCACUUUAGACCAAGACUCAGCCAGUGCCCAGCUCACUGUUGUUGAACAACCCGAUCCUCCUACAGAUCUGGAGUUAACAGAUCCAGGUGCACGGAGCGUCCAGCUCACCUGGAUCCCUGGAGACGAGCACAACAGUCCUAUCAAGAAGUUCCUCAUUCAGUAUGAAGAUGCUCUUCAUGACAGUGGCACCUGGCAUAACCUGACAGAGGUGCCUGGCACUAAGACCACAGCUCACCUCAAGCUGUCCCCGUACGUGCACUAUAGGUUCAGAGUCAUGGCUCUUAACGAUGUUAACUAUAGCCAGCCAAGCCAGCCUUCCCAUCUGUACAAAACAAAUCCUGCAGCUCCUGAUGAGAAUCCCAGUGAAGUCAAAGCCAUGGGCACAGAGCCUAAUAAUUUAGUCAUAUCAUGGAAGUCACUGAUGGGUCUUCAAUCAAAUGGUCCUGGCUUGCAAUACAAAGUCAUGUGGAUACAGAAGGAUGUAGACAAAGAGUGGUCUUCUGUCACCCUGGCUAAUGUUUCUAAGUUUGUGGUAUCUGGGACACCCACCUUCAUGCCAUACGAGGUGAAAGUUCAAGCAUUAAAUGACUAUGGCCAUGGACCAGAACCAGCAGUCAUCACUGGUUACUCAGGAGAGGACUUUCCAGUGGCAGCUCCGGAAAACGUGCGUGUUUUAGUGCUGAACAGCACUGUGGCAGAAGUCCACUGGGAUCCAGUCCCACCAGCAUUAGUGCGUGGAAGACUGCAAGGCUACAGGGUGUCUUAUUGGAAAGAAAGAAGCCUGCAUGAGCACAAUGCCCAUGUUCACCCUCACCACAUGGAACAGCAAACACUGACCUUCAUUGGGAACAGGACCCAUGGCAGGAUUCCUGCCCUGCAGCCCCACAGCACCUACACGCUCAAUGUCAAAGUUUUUAACGGGCGAAGAGACGGGCCUGCCAGUGCCAACCAACAGUUUGUAACUCCUGAGGGAGUUCCUGGUAAACCAUCAUUCCUCAAGGUCAUUAACAGUAAUCAAGACUCCUUGACUCUGGCGUGGGGGCCACCUCAUGAGCGAAAUGGGAAUCUUACAGGGUACACUCUUAAAUAUCAGUCAGUCAAUAACAGCAAUGAGCUUGGCCAGUUGGAGGAAUUAACUUUGCUUGCCAAUGAGACUAGCAUCACUUUGCACAACCUCAAGUACAACACACACUACAGAUUUUAUUUCAGUGCCAAAACACUCACAGGAUCAGGCCCGAACAUUACUGAGGAGUUUGCAACAAUAAUGGAUGAAGGGAUUCCAGCUUCUCCCCAACCAGUCUCCCCAACCUCCCAGUCUCUACGCCCCCCUCCUCUUCCCAAGGUUCCUCCUGCGUCUCCAGUGUUUGGGAACGUUAGCUCGUCUGUGGGCGAGGAUGGCGCGCUAAUCAGUUGGGAGUACUGGGGACCAGAAAAACACGUUUAUGUUGAAUAUAUUGUAGUGAACAGCGAUGAAGACUGGCAAAAAGAGAUGGUAAAUGGAUCACAGUCCCAUGUGCUUAAGGGUUUAAAGGAAGGGCUGGCAUACAAAGUGCGCGUGGUGGCUCAAAGCCACACUGACCAAACAGUCCACCGUUCUGAGGAGCUGGUGGUUACGGUACCAGCCCGGGCCAGUAGGCAGGUGGAUAUCGCUACCCAGGGCUGGUUUAUUGGCCUCAUGUGUGCCAUUGCCCUGCUUAUUCUGGUUCUCCUUAUUGCCUGCUUCAUCAGGAGGAACAAAGGGGGCAAAUACCCAGUGAAAGAGAAGGAGGACGCACACACUGACCCCGAGGUCCAGCCAAUGAAGGAUGAUGAUAUUAUUUUUGGAGAGUACAGUGACAAUGAGGACCAUAAACCGUUAAAAGGGAGCCGCACGCCGUCCAGUGGCACCGUAAAGCGAGACGAAAGUGACGACAGUUUAGUUGACUACGGGGAAGGUGGAGAUGUACAGUUCAACGAGGACGGCUCUUUUAUUGGCCAGUAUAGUGGAAAGACAGAAAGGGACACUGUGCAGGGUCACGAGAGCUCAGAGGCCCCCUCACCUGUAAACGCCAUGAACUCUUUUGUUUAAGCCCAGGGGAAAGUAGGACUUUUUGAAUGCAGCGUUUCAGCAUGAUUACACCUCCAAUUAGUUGUCUGUUUACAUAAAGUGAAGGAAAAAUUAGGGAGUACAUUCAGUUUUAAAAGGAUUAAAUCAAUUUCUCUGGAGAGAUACAUGUCAAGCAGGGUGACUCGCACAGGAUCCACGUAACCUGGCAUAAUGAUUGGAAUACAGAUGGAGGGGGGGGGGGGGGAUGUUACAACUUCAUCAC